CAGACGUUACAGUGAAAUGUUGUGCGACUACAGUCACUACAUUUUGUUUUUGGCUUUCCGUUAUCACUUAGCGUAUAACAUGCGCCUAUAAUGUGUACAGUAUCGCAUACCAAUCUAUUUGGAUUUUAAAUUCUGGAGUUCGAGCGAGCGCAUUUUUCCAUAUUGUAAUUUACAGUUUACACCUGCCUUCCAAAAGUACCACGUUGACAACAUUCCCUUACAGACAUGGUGCCGCGCGCACAUAUCUGAGCAUGAUUUCUGGUGUGAUUUGUGUACGCGGUAUAAAAAAGAAAGGAAAAAAAAUGAACACCUCGGUAAAACCAACACAUUCCUCUCGCUACACUCAGAAUCUAAAACAUCAUUGUAAAACCGUAAGCUUUUUCGCUCCAUUCGGAAUCUAAAAUUGUAUUUAACAUGUCAGUUAUUAUUACAAGGCGAACGAAACUCGUCGACGGCGGACGGUGGCGUAGUGAAGGACGGUGUUUCGGUGUUCAAACAUCCCCGUUUGAGUGCAUUCACGCCAACAAUUAAACGUAAUUUUUACUACACGCAGUUAGGCGUCGGAUUCCUACAGGAUGCGUUGUGUUACGGCAUAAACAAUUAUCAGGCGUAUUGAAAUACGUAAAAUGUUAACAAACGUAAAAACAAACCCAUAGAAACGAACCCCGGCUACGCCACUGACGGCGGUAGAAACGUCGUGUUGCGUGCGCCGUGGACUACGGCUCGCAGCCCGCGGGCGACAAAUGCAAUCGUUACAGGUGGCGUACUUGGGCGUUACGAAUUACGACGCGGACGUACGCCGAUGCGGAAAUAUCACGGGGUCGGGGACGCGUGAAACACGGGCGAACAUUGUCACAGGAACCGCGGACGGAGACGCACGCAUUAAUUAUAAUAUUAUACAAACAUUUAGUUAUAUUCAUAUUGUAAAUUAUGCAUAUCAAUUAACAUAAUUAUAAUUAACAGGGUAUUAAAUGUUGAAUUCGCGGAUAAUAUUCAUUGAUCUCUUAAAUACUUUUGUCGCUUCGCCGAGUAACCGCGCAUUUACAUCGCACUUUUUCGCCGGUUACCUACCUACCCGACGUGAUUUCUUAUGCAGCACGUUUGGGUUUAUUUUCGAAUUAAAUGUUCGAUACGAGUUCGCCUUCGAAUUGGCGUUCGAAGCCCGGUGCACACGGUCGUCACAUAUUUGACGUGUAAUCAAACUUUAGUAAAAGUUUCAAAAAUAUUUGACGGUUUUGUCAAAUAUCGGAUUACUUACUAGAUUGAUAACAAAUUACCUAUUAUCACAAUCAUCGUAAUUAUUAUUUUCGUUUUCAAUGGCACCGAUAAGAGCAAAUUUAUGCGUCACUAUUCACUGAACAGGUGGAGUAGGUACCACUAGACUUGAACAAGUUUGUACAAUUUCCAUAACGAUUAAUUUGUACACCGUACAGUUGCAUUCAUUUAUCACGGUCGUGACUUAAAUUUGCGUCGCUCAGGCUGUUGUUAUAUUAGACCGAUCGUUACAGAGUUUCGGUUGAGGAUAUUUUGAACCAUUUUUCAAACAAAUUUUUAAAGUUUGCCGUUCGCCAAAUAUUUGAUCGUAUGAACCCGGCUAGGACCCAUUGGUUUUUAUCAUUCAUUUAAAUACCAUUUCCCAAUAUUAUAUUCCCGUGUAUUAGAUAUUUUCCCGAUUUAUACCGUCCCUCCCCUCUAUAUGUCUGUUGGAAAUAACAGUGUUAUCUACGUAGUCGAGUUUUAUGUUUUGAAUUUUUAAUAUCUUUCCUGUAUUUGUAAUGAUAACAAAAUAAUAAUAAUAAUAACAUAAUAAAUAAAAAAAAAUAACUUAAAAAAAGAUACCUAUCUGCUUAAUUGUAAUUUUAUUCUAAGAUCGUCGUGGACGAGAAGGCCGCCACCGUAGACUCUUACAGUAUUGAGCAAAUUAAUAGAAUUUUGUUUUACGGAUACGUUCGCGUUUCACAAUAAUAAUCAGCAUUCGGAACGGAUUGAAUUAGCGGUUUGCGAGGACGUAUUUAGCAGGUACCUAGUGCAAAACGAAUCACGUCCGCGUCGUCACACUCGUUUUUGAAAUUGCCGCUCGUUAUUUAUAUUAUUAUACAACACGUAUUGUUAUUAAAAACAAAUAAGUAAUAUAUCAUAUGAUUUUUAUUUUCAUUUUUUUCUAUGAACAUCAGUUUUGAGAAUAAUGCAAGAAAUUGGCUGAUAAACGUUUCUUUGUACAGACAAUAAUCGGGAUGUAAUGCUAUUGUUUUCAACCUUUUUACUACAUUUGUAAUAAUCUUGUACCUAUUUUACUAUACAUAUAUACAAACAAAAUACGAUGAGUUCCAUAUACUCGACACCUGUAAGUAAUAGUAUGGUUUUUUUUAUAAUUAAUUAGGUAUGUUUAUUUCCAGAAUAAUGUUGGCUAAAUUAAUUUUAAAAUUUGUACACAGAUUGGGUUGAUUUUUGUUUUCAAUUUGAUUAUCGGGCCUGGUGCUUUGACAUUACCAGCUGUUGUUCAAAAUACUGGAUGGUUUCUAAGUGGUAUAAUUAUUGCCGCUAUGGCCUUUUUAAGGUUAGACAGGCAAUCUAUUAUUGUUAUUAUUUGACGUUUAAAAUAAUUUUGGUAUUUCUUUUGCAGUUACAUCACAUUCACGUUUGUAAUUGAAACAAUUACCAUUACAAACUCUAUAAUUCAACUUCGUAAAUUACAAAUGAUGAAAAGUGUUACCAGUGCUUUGAAAUCGGUAUUAUUUAUAGAAUAUUACUGAUCAUCUUAUUUACAUCUUUGUAAUGAAACUAUAUUUUGAUUUUAGUGUAAAGACAUGAUGCCACAAGUUGCAUCAAUUAACUAUGAUCGAACUUCAACUACUAGUACUGAUAGUUUUAACAGUGAUGAUGAAGUUCCUAUUUUUGACAACCCAGAUUUGCCCAAAUCCAGUAUGUAAUCCUUCUAAUUGUAUAAAGUAGAAGUUCUCAGACUUUUUUUACAUAUCGCACAUAUAUAUUAUUAUAUAUUUGGAUCUAAUAAGCACCACUUGUAAUUAAAUAUUGUCUUUACAUUUAUUUCAAAAUGAUAAGAAUAUAGGUUAGUAAAAUAUUUCAAUAUUAUUAAUAUAAAAAAAACUGAUAUACUUUGCACAAUGGGUGGUCCUACCUCUGAUGUACCUAGAUGAAAAGUUAGGAAGGUACGAUAUAGGGAGGGGGGAGAACUUAGUGUAUAUCUGUAAGUAAAAAUUAAUCAUUGCUAACAAAAAAAUGAUUAUGAGUGAGAUGUGGUGCUUUGUCAACAAUAUAUAUGUAAUAAUAUUUUACAAUAAUUAAAUAGGCAUAAUAUAUUUUAUUAAAUAAUAUUUGUUUAAUAUUCCAAUUUUCUCGUUUUUCAUAUUUGCUAGGAAAACUUUUGGGCAAAUCGAAAAAAAAAGGCCUCCUUAAAGUACCUUUCCAGUCAAAAUUCCUUUCCAAAUUUCCUUAUUGUACCUAUAGCUUUUUCAUUAAUGUAUAAUAUUUCAUAUUACGAUGGCUUGGGUCUUUAGGUUGACCCAAAAUGUAUUUGUUUUUUGUAUCAAGUUUUUUUGGACCACAAAGUAAAACUUGAAUGAACUACACUACCUGUUAAAUUAUCAAGCAUUUCUGUUUCGUAUAUCAAUUUUAUGUCCAUAGUACCUACCAAAUAAAUAUUAUGUACAUAUUUGCAAAAUUAAAAUAUUUAAUACCUUAAAAAUGGCUCAAAUGUUUUGAACAUUUUACCAAAGCAUAAAAAAUAAAUAUAAUGUUUCUGUUUAUUCUAUAAAUAUUUUUCACUGAAUUACAAUAAAAAAACAAAAUUUAAAAUAAAAGUAUUAUUUUUGUAAAUUUUUCCGUUUUCCUCAUUUAUUGGGAAAACUCCUGGAAAAUCAAGAAAUGACCUUCUUAAAGUACCACCCUAGAAAAAUUUCCUUUCAGAAAAAGCGCUAUACUUGAUACUUUGGAGUAAGAUUUCUGGUAGAAUUUUUGUGCACAGUAUAAAAAAAUAAACAUUGUAAAACUAUUAUAUACUUUGCUCUAUUUAGAAUAUAUAAAAAAUAAACAUCAUUGUACAACCAAUACAUUCUUUGCGACACUCAAAAUCUACAAAUAAAAAUUAUAACUUAUAAACUAUAAUAUUAGAUCCAAUCAUAAUAUUUGUAUGAAUAUUUAUUUAUUUAAAAGCUUAUAUUUGAAAUAAUUACCUAUAUGAUAAUUUUAGUAAAAACAUACUAAAUAAAAAAUAGUAUUGUUGACAUAAAUAUAAAAUACAAGAAUAAUUGAUUGGACAAUUAGUUUAGAGUUUUUCUUUUGUUUAAGGUUCCUUAAUGGACUUUCCUCCAGAAUCCGUACAAUUACUUUCACUAGAUAACAGGAUAGAAAUGGUAAUAUUUAUGAACUGAUACUUAUUCAUGAAUUUUAAUUGAAUGUAUAACAAAAAAUAAAUAAAUUCAUUUUUUAGGGAGAAAUGGUGAAUGUAUUAUUGCCACCAUUUGCUAAAGUGAUAUUUUAUUUUUCUCUCUGUGGUUAUUUGUUUGGCGACUUAUCAAUUUAUUACAAAGCAAUAGGACAAUCGCUUGUGGACUUUACUUGGUAAGUUUCUAAUAAUGAAUGGACAUUUUUUUAUUUUUUUUAAAUUAAUUUUUAUAGAAUUAUAAAUUAAUGGAUAAUUUGUUUAAAACUAUUUAGUCAUUUCAAUGAUAGUCAUGCCACAAACAUAUCAGAAUUGUGUUGGGAAAGUUCAUCAUAUACCAAACAUGAGAUUUACUUAGGUUAUUUGGUGAGUUUUAAUUAAUAAUUAUAUUAAAAAGAAAUUAAUAUUAGUGUUGAGUUUAAUAUUUUAUUUAUCUAUUAAUAGAUGCUGUACCUUGUAUUAAUUGGACCAUUCACUUUUUUUAAUGUCCAAAAGACUAAAUAUUUACAAAUAAUGGGUUUUUUUGUACGUACUUUUGGUAAGUUAUUUCAUUAAUAUGGUAAUAUAAUUAUGCACAUUUGAUAUUUAUUUAUUUUUUUAUUUUCAUAUCUGUAUUAUUUUGUUUUUAGCUAUUAUUACAAUGGUGAUUCUAGCUACAAUGCGUUUGAUUUCACCUACAGAAAAACACGGAACCACACCAGUCGCUAAUUUUAUUGGCAUACCACAGUUAAUAGGCGCUUCCAUUUAUGCAUUUAUGUGUCAUCAUUCAAUUCCAUCUGUGAUUUCGCCAAUUAAAAAUAAAAACAAAAUAUUGCUGAAAGUUGCGGCUAACUUUCUAUUUAUUUAUAGUUUGUACAUUUGUUUAUGUAUGACAGGUGUAUUUGCAUUCCCAAAAGUUGAUGAUUUGUACACUAUAAAUUUCAUACCGUCACAAGACUCUGGAUUAUUUUACAAAUUCAUUGAUUCAAUAUUGGUUCUUUUUCCUGUACUUACGAUCAGUAUAAGUUUUCCAGUUAUUGCAAUUACUUUGAGAAAUAAUCUUCAAGUAAAUAUAAAUAAUAAUUAACUUAAUUUUAUUCUAAUAUUUAAAAAAUUACUUUUAAAUAUUAGUUAAUAGAUUUAUGUUAAACUCUGUAAAUAAUUUUUGAAUGCGUUCAUAAAACUAUAUAUUUUAUGGUUCAUUUUAGAUUCUGAGAGGAGCGAGGAAUGUAUUGGUUUUACAAUAAUGUUUAUUUUUUUUUUCCAUGGACAACUUUUCUACCAGCAAUUUACUCUAGUUUAUAAAUUAUAGCACUUUUUUUGAAAGGAAAUCUGACUGGGGUGGUACUUUUUUGAGGUCAUAUUUUGAUUUUCUAUGGAGUUCCCAAUAAAUGAGAAAAAUCUGAAGAAAAGCUGGAAAAUGUACAAAAUGUAUUAAUAAAAUAGUACUAUGGCCUUUUUGUUUCUUGUGAACAGUUUUCUACUUUUUCUAAUUUAUUAAAUUAUAAACUUUUGUGAAAGGAAAUUUGACUGGGGUUGUCAAUUUCUGAUUUUCCCAGCUGUUUUUAUUAUAAAUAGAAAAUACAUGAAAAAACAGGAAAAAACGAAAAAUUUGGUACAAUAUUAAAUAAAUAUUACUUAAGAAAAUAUAUUUUUUAUGUGUAAUUAUUUUACCAUAUGACAUAUAUAUUGUUAAUAAAGCAACACUAUUAUCCAAACUUCGCUCAGAAUGGUUUUUUGUUAGCUAUAGUUAAUCAUUGCUUACAGAUAUAAUUUAAAUUUCCCCUCUACCUUCCUAACUUCUCACCUACAACAGUGGUCCAUUAAACGUGCAAAGUAUGUCCGUUCUUUUAUUAUACUUUUCUCAAAAUUUGUCAGAUUAAUUGAUUUUAUUAAGAAAAAUGAUUAUUUAUUUUUGGAUGAACAAUUUUAUGAAAAUUAAUGUUAAAAUAAUAAUAUCUGUUCUUUACUUUUCUUUAGUUUAUAAUAACUAAUAAAUAACCAAAUUCCAAUAAUAUUCAUUCAUAUUAUAAUUGUUAAUUGAUGUAUAAUUUCCGGACAAAGUAGAAAGUCUAAGUGUUGUAUCACAUUUCUCGUGCAUGGUACACAAUUCCUGAACAUUUUAGUACAUUUUAUAUCCACCACAUAGAAAAAAAAAAAUUAAAAGUUUUUAUUUGUCAUGUUGUAUAAUAAAUAAUGAAUAAUAAAUGACUUACCAAAAAAGCAGGUUGACAUACACUACUAAUGACAAACAAAUGUAAAAUAAUAUUUCUACAACGGUAAAAGGAAAAACUUACAAUCUUCAAAUAACAUAAAUAACUAUCAUUCAGCAAUGCUGAGGGAAUACUAAACAAUUUACAUCAAAUGUUUAUUGGAUGCCAAGUGGCAUUAAACCCAUUGCUGAACAAUCAAUGUCGCUAAUUAUUGGCGUUGGUACGCAGGCAACAUAUUAAUACUUCAAUUCACCCCAUAUUGAACAGGCACAGUACAAGAGUAUUUGGACAAUGUUUACCUUGUACAAAUUUAAGUGGACAAAGUGAAUUAAAUACCUGUAUGAAUUUAGGUGGGCUAAGUGAAUUAAAUAAAUUUCACUCUUAUGUAGGUACUUAAUACGUAAUUAUAUUAACUUUGUAUUUUAUUUGUUUGAUACCACAUUUUUUGAUAUAGAUAUAUAUCUAAUUUAGGAACUAAAUGACAAUGACAGUUGUAUUACAAAGUGGUCUGUAAUCUUAAUAACGAUGUGAAUCAGUAUAUUAGUGCAUACACUAUUUUUAUCAAAUAUUUUAUAAUGUAUUCAAUAUUUUCAAAUGAUUAUUGUCCUAUAGUUUGUCUUUAGUUAAUAUUAUUCAUAUUGUCUGUAGUGCAACAAUAGAUGUAGCUUUGAUUUAUGAGUAGGAAAAGGAAGUGAUUAAAAAAAGUUUGCAACUCAAAGUUCCAUAAUAAUAGUUUCAUUUAAAAAUACAAAACAAUAUUACAUUUUAUUUAUAAUUAAUUAAAAUUACUAUAAUUUAAUAAUAAAUUAAUCAACAACAAUGUUCCAAUGGAUAAUAGAUUUAAAAAUCAGUUUUUAUUAAUGUUUAUUAAAGUUAGGCAUCCAGUAAAAUAUUUUGUUUAUUUUUUAAUAUAAUUUAGUUUGCCUGGUUAAAUUUGGGCUCUAUACAAUGUCCGGACAAUGUAAACUUCAUCCUACUUGCCUCUUGAAAAUCUGGGAUUGUGUACCAUGCCUGGGCAUCUUGAUACAAUGCUCAACUUCUUUCUUUGACUGUGACAUAUAUUUUUGAUCUAGGUGAUGUUUCUUCCAAAUGAUGCACAUUGGAUGUGGAGAAGAAUAGUUAUACCAUUGUUUUCUUUGAUUACGCCUGUACUACUUGCAGCUUUUGUUACAGGGCUUGAAGAUUUGGUAAGAGACUUUAAAAUAAUUUCUUUUAGUAUUAUUAUAUAGUAUAAAUUGUUUAACUAUAAAAAUAUAUAUUUUUUUUUUUACAUAAAUAUCGGUAUUAAUCUAAACAUAAUUAUUUUGAUAUAAAUACAAUCAGUUAACUUUUAUAUUUAUAGUGUUAUUUAUAACCAUUAACUAAGGUUGUAUACCAUUACAUAUAUUUUACAUUGCAUUCACAUUAGUACUCUUUAAUUAUAUUUAUUAAAAAUAAAUAAAUAUAACUUUAUUAUAUUAUUAUUUAAAUAUUAUUUAUUAAUAUGUUAGGUUAUAAUUGUUAGAUUGUUAGAUUUAGUUUUUGUAAAUAGUAAUCAAUAUAAAGUUACUGCUACUUAUGAUCCUUUGGUUCCUGAAGAUAAGUAUCAUCCAUAUUUGUCUAUUGAUUUUUAUUCAUUUUAAUCUACAUUCACUUACUGCUUUUCAAUCUUAUUUUUAUUUUCAUAAAGCUGUUUUUUUUUUCUUUCUUUUAAUUGAAAACAUGUUUCUUAAACUUGAUGCCAACUUAGAUAUAUUCAUUUUUUUUUUUACGAUACUUUAGAUUAUUCUGUUCUAAAUGAGUUCCUUAUAUUUUAGAUUCUGAGUAGAGCGAAGGAGCUUAUGUUUUUAUACAAAUAUUUUUUUUUUAUCUGUGCGCAAUUUUUCUAUCAGAACUCUUGCUCCGAUUUUUAAGUGUAGCAACUUUUUUAAAAGGAAAUCUGACUGGGAAGGUACUUUAGGGAGAUCAUUUUUCGAUUUUCUUAACAAAUAUGCAAAACCAUUAAACACCAUUUGUACAUUUAACAAAUAUUAUUAAAGACAAUAUAUAAUGCCUAUUUAAUUAUUUGACCAUAGUAAAAUUGAUGACAUAAUAAUAUCCAAUAAUAUGACAUAUAUUGUUAAAUAGUUGUUCUUAGGUUGAUGUAAUUUAUAUGCAUUUAAUCAAAGCUUUUGAUCACAUAGAUCAUUCUUUGUAAAUUGAUGUUUUGUUUAAUUCUAGAUUUGUUGAACCUUAGUUGUCUUGGUUUCAAUCCUAUUUUUGUGGUCAUAAACAAAUUGUUAAUGUUCACGAUAUUACAUUUGUUAUCAUUGAUACAACUUCUGGUGUUCCUCAAUGUCAUUUUUUUCCUUUAUUUUUUGCAUUAUUUAUUAACAAUAUUAAAAAAAUAACUUAAUAGUAUUAUUCAAUGAUGAUCUAAAAUUAAUUUUCUUAGUGAUCAUUAUUUAUUUCAAAAUUAUAUUAAUUCUUGUGACUUGGGCAAAUGUUCAUGGAUUGGAACUUAAUUUCUCAAAAUGUCUUUUUACAAAUGAAAUUCCAUGAAAGUUAUGAUUAUUUCCAUUUUAUCUAUGCUGAUAAUAAAGUAUCUGACUUAGGUAAAGUAUUUGAUUGUGAAUUAAAGUUUCAUUCCCAUUUUGACACUAUAUGUUACAAAGCCUUGGCAAAAAUGCUUGGUAUAUAAACCAAUUUGUAUGUAAUGAGUUUAAAUUACUACCCCCCAUAAAGUUUUUAUAUUGUGACUAUGUAAUGUCUAUUUAAGAAUUUAGAGCUAUGAUUUGGGAUUUAUUUACUUCUUGUAGUAGCGAACAAAUUGAAAGAAUUUAAUAACAAAUUUCUAAGGUAUGCCACUUUUAUUUUAAACUUUGACCAUCCACUGCAUGAUCUAGUUAUGUUUAAGUUCCUUAGUUGAUAGAAAAAAAGUUGCUAAUCCAAAUUUUCUUGGUCAACUAAUGGAUUACUAUUAUUGACUCUCUUGCUCUACUUUCUUUGAUUAACUUUAAAGUCCUUUCCACCUCUGCCUAUCACAUGUAUCCAUCAUUUUUAUACUUUAAUGCCAUUCAUUAGAAUGAUGCGUAUUGACAAAUAGUAAUCCAUUUUUAGUAUGUGUUAUAUACUUAUUUGUUGUCAUUUAUAUUUAUAAUUUUUAUGUUAUUGUUAUUGUCUAUAUUUCCAUGUAAUUGGACUAGCCCUUAUUGGUUGUAACAAGAUCAAAGAUAUUCUUCUAUAUUCCUGUAUCCUCUUCAAAUUAUGUAUCAAACUCUCAGUUUUAUCGUCUGUGUCUUGCAAAUGAUGAUCCUACUUUUUCAAUAGUAUGAUUAUAAUACACUAUCAUUCAUUUUUUAUUUAUGAGUAAUUAAUGUAAUGCAUGUACUUUUAAUGACUCUUUUAAUUGUCUUUUAUUUAUUAUUAUUUUUUUUGUUAAAUAUUUUUGUUGCAUUAAUACAUUUUGAAAAAACUAUAGUAAAACUAAAAAAAAAAAUAUCAUCUACUUGUACCUGUGCAUUUUAUAAAUAAGUGUAUGCUUUUUAUUAAAAGGUAUAUAGAAUAUAAUUUUGUAUAGCGUAAACAAUUUUAUCAUUAGUAUUUUAAGGAAUAAUACCUUUUGGCUUAUCUAGGUUCAUUAAUAAUGCAAAUAUAUGAUAAAUAGAACAAAUUAUGCCUGUUACGUAGUUUAAAUUACAAAUCGUAAUAUUCAGUACAUAACUGAUUAUAAAAAAAGAGAUUUUGGUUUUCCUAAUUUGUUAGUUUUUGUAUUAAUUGAUGAAUAAGUAGGCAAUUAUUUAGUAAUAUUUUGUGUAUAAUAUUCUGAAUUCUGUAGGUAUCUAUUGUCGCCGUGUAUGCCGGUUCUGGUAUUCAGUAUGUGACGCCCGCUUUGUUAAUUAUGGCUGCACGUUCCGAAAUACCGCAACAAGUAGCUGCCAUAAAAAAUGAUUACUGUUCACCAUUCAAGUCUAAAUAUUGGCCACAAGGUAUACUGAUAUGGUCAGUGAUAUGUGUGGUGGUCAUAACUAAUUUCUUGAUAAGUGAAUGGUUUAAAAAACUAUAGGAAUUAGAGGUAUAUAGUUUAUACAUAUUUUGACUUGUUAUUUGGCAUUCAUCUUGUUUGUCUACUGUUGUACAUACCUAUAUUAUUUUUAUUAAAAAAUUAAUUUAAGAGAUAUUAAGACUAAAAUUAAUUAUGUUGUGUUAAGUAUUAAAAUUUUUAUGAAAUAAUGUUAUUAUUAUUGAAAAUUAUAUAUUUUUCUGGAUUGGAUUUUAUAGAAUGUAUUUUGAUAAAAACCCAUUAUUUAUGUAUCUUAACUAAAACUUGUUACCUUUAACGUUAUUUUAAGUUUUAGAGAUAUUUGUUUUCAUGUAAUUUUAAUUUUUGAUGUAUUUGGAUAUGCAAUUAUAACAAAAGAAUAUACAUUUUAAUUAAUUAAAUAACAUUGCCAUUAA